AGAUUUAGUUACUUAAUUAUAUGUGAGAAGCUUUAAAGGGUCAAAGGAGAAAGGGGAAACAAGUGAAUUUAAUUAAUGGUAAAGAAAAAAGAGUGGAGUAUGUGUUGAUGGCAUCAAUAUAAGAAGGGGAGGUUUUGUCGGAACAAGAGUGAACCGCUACGCGUUUGUUCAGUUUCUUUGUUUUUAUCUCUCUCUUUCUUCAGAAAAGCAGAAAGAAAUAACCCAUUCAAAUUAAGAAAGAAAGAAAGAGCAAUUCCAAUCGCAAUGGCAGAUCAACUCACCGAUGAACAGAUCUCUGAGUUUAAAGAAGCUUUCAGCUUGUUUGACAAGGAUGGAGAUGGAUGCAUCACAACAAAGGAGCUUGGCACUGUUAUGCGGUCAUUGGGGCAGAACCCAACAGAGGCAGAGCUGCAAGACAUGAUCAAUGAAGUAGAUGCUGAUGGUAAUGGCACAAUUGAUUUCCCUGAGUUUCUAAACCUUAUGGCUAGGAAGAUGAAGGACACUGAUUCUGAGGAAGAGCUGAAAGAGGCAUUCAGAGUUUUUGACAAAGAUCAAAAUGGGUUCAUUUCUGCUGCUGAGCUUCGCCAUGUUAUGACAAAUCUUGGGGAGAAGCUCACUGAUGAAGAAGUUGAUGAGAUGAUUCGAGAGGCUGAUGUUGAUGGUGAUGGCCAAAUAAAUUAUGAGGAGUUUGUUAAGGUCAUGAUGGCCAAGUGAUCAUGCACCAUCUCUACUCAAUUCUUAAUUAAUGUCAGAAAAACAUCUUAGGACGUGGUUGACUUGUGUUAUAGUACACCUAGUCCUUGCCCAAUGUCCUUCCCUACUCUCUUUUUUCUAAAUUUUUAUUUUAUGGUUUUUAAUUCAAUCUUGAUCACAAUUAGUGGUAAACUCUGCUGCUAAUGGUAAUUGUGGUGGAAUGGUGUCUUUCUAGUUUCUCUUGUUACUUGUGCCUCGAGUUUUAAUGUUCAUUUAACUAUGCUUUCUUCCGCUCUUAGUCCUUGGUUUCUUUUGGAACCCUGUUUCUUCAGAAACAACGUUUAAAGAUGUCCCAUUUCUGUUUGCAUUUGAAAUUGUGCGAAUCUAAGCUUUUUUCGUUGAGCUGAUGUUUUGUAAAUGUGAUUCAGGACUGAUUCAAACUAUUUUAAAUUAUUAACUAAAUUUAAAAAUAAUUAAAAAACAAUUAAACAGUUAAUUGAAGAAAUCCAAGAG